UGCGGGAGUCGAUGAGUGCUACCUGAAAACAGCAUUUCCAGAAAAUGGGAAGGUUUCCCCGUAUUACAAGAACACUUAAUAUCCAAAGUGACGCAGCAGAGGCCAGAUGAGGACGUGAAAGACAGUUUCUACACUCAUAGACAUCAUGGACACGUUUGAGGUGACAGGUUGAGCCUCACAGCAAGAAGUGUCCUGAUGAGGGAAACCUAGGAAAUGAACCUGAGCCUCAGCCCUAACCUCAGCCCUGAAUGACUCAACCUCAUUAAAAUGCAAAGAAGCAAUACCGUAGAAACAUCACUAGACCCUGACCUGUGGAGUCUUUGCAUUUCAGCAACUUCCCAUUUCCAUAGCUUCAGUUCUGACUCAUGCAAAGACGGGGUUUUCCCUCAAACAUCUCCAUCUCCUCGGACAUCUCUGUCCUGGUCGUCUGUCUGAUAAGCAUGAUGGAUGGAUGGGUGCGCGGAGGCGCAUCCUCUGAUUGGCCAGACGCGCUCUCCCAGCAGGAGCGCUGCUCUCUCCACUUGUCGUUCCGAUUCACACCCCCGUGAACACCGCUGUGUGCGCUGUGUCCAGCUCAUCUCCGACUUAAUCUCCUGCAAUUUCCAACUGUCGACAUGGACGCCACCAUCUAUCAGUUCAUCCUGGGAGAGCUCGGGGACCUUAACUGUAGUUUGAUAGACGCGUUCCAGGACACUUUUUUGGAAAACGCCACCUUAUCACUGCUGGGUGCUGAUGGUUUAUUUUGUAACGCAACGACUGAUGAGAUUGGGACCUGCUGGCCACGGACCAUUACCGGCAGGAUUGUGGAGAGACCCUGCCCUGAGUACAUCAACGGGGUGAAGUACAACACAACCAGGAGUGCUUACAGGGAGUGCAUGGAGAACGGGACGUGGGCGUUAAAGAGCAAUUACUCCAAUUGCGAGCCGAUUUUGGAGGAGAAGAGGAAAUAUCCAGUGCAUUAUAAAAUAGCACUGAUCAUCAACUACCUAGGCCACUGUAUCUCCGUGGGAGCUCUGGUCGUGGCUUUCAUUCUCUUUUUGUGCCUGAGGAGCAUCCGAUGUCUUCGUAACAUCAUCCACUGGAACUUGAUCACCACCUUCAUCCUGAGGAACGUUAUGUGGUUUUUGCUUCAGUUGAUUGACCAUAAUAUUCACGAAAGCAACGAGCCCUGGUGUCGAUUGAUCACCACCAUAUACAACUACUUUGUGGUGACCAACUUUUUCUGGAUGUUUGUCGAAGGAUGCUACCUUCACACAGCCAUCGUAAUGACCUACUCCACCGAUAAGCUGAGAAAGUGGGUGUUCCUUUUCAUCGGGUGGUGUAUACCGUUUCCCAUCGUUGUGGUGUGGGCCAUUGGGAAGUUGUAUUAUGAAAAUGAACAAUGUUGGUUUGGCAAAGAGCCAGGCAAAUAUAUGGACUUUAUUUAUCAGGGGCCUGUGAUUCUUGUACUACUGAUCAAUUUUGUUUUCCUCUUCAACAUAGUAAGAAUCCUUAUGACCAAACUCAGAGCGUCGACCACGUCUGAAACCAUCCAGUACAGAAAAGCAGUGAAAGCCACCCUGGUCCUGCUCCCCCUGCUCGGCAUCACAUACAUGCUCUUCUUCGUCAAUCCGGGGGAGGACGACAUCUCACAAAUCGUUUUCAUCUAUUUCAACUCCUUCCUACAGUCUUUUCAGGGGUUCUUCGUGUCAGUGUUUUAUUGCUUUCUAAAUGGAGAGGUUCGCUCUGCAGUGAGAAAACGGUGGCACCGCUGGCAGGACAACCAUGCGCUUCGCGUGCGAGUGGCACGCGCACUAUCCUCCGUCAAAGCGAAGGAAACCUUCUGA